AUGUUCCAGGAUAUUGUCAACGCUGGUAUCCGUAUUCACGAGCAAUCAGAAGCACGCACGCGCCUUGGCAAUGAUAUCAAAACCAAGGACCUGUUCUAUACGAUGAUGAACACAGCCGAUCCCAAGACAGGGCUUCAUUUCACUCAAAAGGAUCUUUGGGUGGAAUCGAUACCCCUGAUAACUGCCGGUGCAGAUACCAUAACUACUGUCAUGAGUGGCACAAUCUCCCAUCUCGGCCACAUGCCAGCUCUUCUCGCUCGCUUGGUGAAAGAGAUCUGCACCACAUUCGCCGCCGACGAAGACAUCCGGACAGGACCCCAGCUCAACUCCUGCGAGCUUCUCCAAGCCUGUAUUAAUGAGAAAUGCGCCUCGCGCCUUCUGUCGCUACAACCAUCCCGCGCGCCGUACUGGAAGGAGACUUGA